UCAAUCUCGACAGACCCAUGCAAGAUACUUAUCCUCAUCAACACCAGGAACCGAUACUUGCAGACCUUCGCCUUAUUUCACUAGAGGAAGCUGUAAUCUGGACCCAUGAUAAACUUUCUAAAUUUGUUCCGGAGUCAAUCGACAUCGCAAGUUUGUGCAAACGUCCACGCGAGCUUUUAUAAAAUGUAGUGCGGUUUAGGCGUGCGACCAGAUCUAGAUCGCCGAGCCGAGUGGACUAUAUACGCGCUUUUCGACUUUUCGAUCGCGGCAGGCCGUCGCUUGAACCUACCGCGUGUUUUUUUCCAGUUUUCGAACAUUUCCAUUAUAGUUAGAUGUGACAUUUGGAACUGUGCGGUUUUUUGGACACCCCUGAGUGUCGGGACCUGAUUUGGCCGGUUCGUUGUACGGAUAUUGUUAGAAGAAGAAUGACUGACGAGAACAAGAACAAAAACUACGAGGGAGAAGAGGAUGACAUAAUCGACAAAGCCAUUGGGAAAUUCGGGAGAUGGCAGUGCCAGCUCACUUUCCUCCUGGCCCUCUUCAACAUACCCUGCACCUUCCACAUCUUCGUGCCAACUUUCCACGGCAGAGAGAGGCCAGUGUGGUGCGCCAAACCGGCUAGAUUCUCCAACGUCUCUCUGGACGUCUGGAUAGACACGACGGAGCACGACGGCUACUGCAGGGUGAACGACACCAGGAACGCAAGCGUAGACGCCUUCCACCACCUGGUCGACGUCGGGAAAGACCUGGUCGACUGCAAAAAGUGGGAGUUUGGGGGUGCUGGCGAGACUAUUAUAUCAGAGUUUAACCUUGUCUGCGAUCGAAAAACUCUCCUAAAUAUGGCGGAAAUGUGUUUCCUGGCUGGGGUAGCAGUUGGUGGACUCAUCUGUGGCAUAAUCUCAGACAAAUGUGGAAGAAAAAGGACGCUACUCUGCUCGGUCUGCAUUCAGUCCUUGAUCGGUUGCUCUAUAGCCUUCGUACCCUACUUUGAGCUAUACUGCAUUUUACGGUUACUUCUCGGAUUCAUCUCGGUCUCAGUGGUUUUUAGCGGCUUCGUUCUAUCCAUAGAGCUGGUAGGAGGCCACUGGAGGACUGUAGCCGGCAUUUGUUACCUGUUUCCGGUGUCUUUGAGCUACAUGAUCAUUUCCGGACUGGCUUGGUUCCUCAGGGACUGGAGGCAGCUCCAAUUCGCAGUAUCAGCUCCGGGUCUCCUCUUUUUAAGCCUCUAUUUCAUCCUUCCGGAGUCGCCCAGAUGGCUUUUGGCCAUGGGAAAAACGGACCAGGUGAUGAAAGUGCUCCAAACAGCUGCCAGGGUCAACAGGAAAGAUCUACCUCCCAACAUAGACAAGCAACUCCUAGCCCCGGACGGCGACCCUGAAACCGAGUCUUUGGGCGUGUUGGACCUCUUCAAAACGGCCGAGAUGAGGAAGAAGUCCUUCCUGCUGUACAUCAUUUGGUUCAGCGUGUAUCUGGUGUAUUACGGCUUGGUGUUGAACUUGGAAAACAUCGGCGGGGACCUCUACAUCAACUCUGUGUUGACUGGUUUGGUGGAAGUUCCAGCCUUGGCUGUCAGCAUACCGAUCCUGAUAAAAGGUGGACGUAGAUGGCCGUUGGCGUUGACCAUGAUAUUCUCGGGGGUUGCUUGCACCUUCAUCGUUCCUUUCAAGAUGUUCCAUAACAACCUCCAAUGGGUGGUCACCACUUUUUCCAUGAUGAGCAAGAUGAGCAUCAGCUCGUCGAAUGCCAUAAUGCCAGUUUUCACAGCGGAAUUGUAUCCCACCACGCUUAGGAACAUCGGUGUGGGUGCCAGUAACGUGACCGCUGGUAUAGCCCUUAUGCUGGUACCUUAUCUCUUUGAAUUGAAAAGUAUCAAGGAAGCUCUGCCUGUCGGCGUCUUGGCCGCCUGCGGGAUCAUAGGUGGAAUUUCGGUCUUGUUCUUGCCUGAAACGGGGAGUCGGCCGCUCCAAGAUACACUGCCCGAAAAAAGCUUGGAAUCCAGGAGGGCCUCCAGGGUAUCGAAAUCCUUCAACACUUGAUUUGAUCGACGACUUUAAUGAAUCUAGAUCUGAAGUGACAUUGCACAGUAUGUGCCUAGAUGUGCCUGAAGUAUCUGUUUUAAUUAAGUGCCUUAGUACUUAUUUAUUUUUUUAUUGUUAGUGUAGUGAAACUGAUGACAGUUUGAGCGACAAUUUCAUGUGUGGAAUAUUUAUACGAAAAAUGCAUUAUUCAGUACCUAUGUACUUAUUUUUAUAUGAAAGUUUCUUAUUCUCUCUUGUUUUAGUUGAAAUAUUAUAUUUUUCAUAUUAACGUGAGCAUGAAGUGUUCUCUUCUUAUAUGCAGGGUACAGAUGAUGAUCGAGGAAAGGAAACGGUCCUUUUUUUCAAUGAAUUCGAAAAGAUUGUUCGUGUAUACAGGGAGCCAAAAAUUUUUACUCAAUUUUUCGAGGUGGACCUCGAAAUUGACGCAGAAUGAGUGAUAUUGAUGUAUUAGUUUCGUAAGUUUUUGUAUAUUGAUGUUGUUUUAAAAUAUCAUUAAAGAAUUUAUACCGAA